AUGCAGAUCUGUGUACUUUUCACAGAGUACGAGGAAGUGACCGACAUCCGGUCAGCAGUGGUAUUUGCCGACGUGAACGGGUUCUCAGCAUUACAGCAUUGGAUGGACGAAAGUAUCCUCGAUGAGAAGACUCAGAUUGAGCGGUACACGCCUCAAUCUUAG